AUGGGAAAGACGUCCAAGGACAAGCGUGAUGCCUACUACCGGCUGGCCAAGGAGCAGGGCUGGCGAGCGAGAAGUGCCUUCAAGCUGCUACAGCUUGACGAGGAAUUCGAUCUCUUCCAUGGUGUGACCCGUGUGGUCGACCUCUGCGCCGCCCCCGGCAGUUGGUCCCAGGUCCUCUCCCGCGUCCUCAUCAAGGGCGAGAAGUUUGGCCGCACCGCGUGGCAGGACCGCGAGGCCAGCUUUCGCCAGCAGAUGCUCAAGAUCUUCCCCUCCGGCGCAUCCGAUACCGACCAGCCCAUGACGACGCCAGCCAGUGCCACGAGCCCCAGGGACGACGUCAAGAUUGUGUCGAUCGAUCUCCAGCCCAUCUCCCCCCUCCCCGGCGUCGUGACCCUGCGCGCCGACAUUACCCACCCCGCCACCGUCCCGCUCCUCCUCAAGGCUCUGGACCCAGACUACGAUGCCACGAGCCAGAGCAAGAAUGCAGCGCACCCUGUCGACCUCGUCAUCAGCGACGGUGCCCCCGACGUCACGGGUCUCCAUGACCUCGACAUCUACGUUCAGUCUCAGCUCCUCUUCGCCGCCCUGAACCUCGCCCUCUGCGUCCUCAAGCCCGGCGGCAAGUUCGUCGCCAAGAUUUUCCGCGGACGCAACGUCGAUGUCCUCUACGCUCAGCUCAAGGUCUUCUUCGAAAAGGUCAUUGUCGCCAAGCCCCGCUCCUCACGCGCCAGCAGCGUCGAGGCCUUUAUCGUCUGUAUCAACUUCCAGCCGCCGCCCGGCUUCAAGGCGAGCCUCGAGAACCCCCUCGGCGUCGGCCACCACGUGCCCGCCAUGGUCGAGGAGCGCAAGGGCCAGCUGCCCGUCGUCGCCGACGCCUUGCACCAGAACCCCUCCACGGGUGUCUGGGACGGCGUGCCGACGGCGACGUCGGCCAGGCUCGGCUCGGACGUCAUGGAAGUCGAGGCCUACGACGAUGUUGACGAAUCGUCCGACAUGGACAAGAACAUUCGAUGGAUCGCGCCCUUUAUUGCCUGCGGCGACCUCUCAGCCUUCGACUCGGACGCCUCGUACCAGCUGCCCGAAGACCACGUCUCCCUCGACCCCGUCCAGCCCCCAACGGCACCCCCUUACAAGCGCGCCCUCGAGAUGAGAAAGGUGGCCGGUGGCGCCUACGGCAAGACGACGAUCAAGAGCUGA